UCAAUUUUUGUUUUCUCGGUAGUUUGAGAAUAGCUUUUGCUUGUCUCAUGUUCUUGAUGUAUAGGGAUGAAUUGGUUUGUGGGUGCUUGUUUCAGUGAUGCAAUUCGUGAGAUUGAUGGCAGAUCAUGGGUUGUUGUCGGCUUAAUUAGAAGAGAUGGAAUCAAUUUCUGAAAGUUCUGUGAUGCUCUUCUUUUUAAGGAUUUUCUUGUCCCGCUGGUAUUAUAUCCAGAGGGCUUGUGAUUGAUCUACCAAGAGUUGUGAUCAGAGUUGUAAGGGCAGUUUGUUGUCUUGUUCUGGUUUAAUCUUCAAUGAUGGGAGAGACUGGUGAAGAAAUGGAUGCUACCGUUCUUGUUUCGAGUAAGUUUAGGGAAUUGAUUGGCACUCAAGAUUUAAGCUGCGAACGGUUCUGCGAUCUGCCUGAUGCGAUUCUCCUACACAUCCUGGAAUUUCUAUCAACAAGAGCUGCUGUGAGAAUGAGUGUGUUGUCAAAAAGGUGGAGGCACUUGUCGAGGUCUAUUCCUAGUCUCGUCUUCAAUGAAGCAAGUUUCUUCGAGAGGUCGCGAUUCUUAAACUUUGUGGAAGGAGCAUUGUCAUUUUGUGACCUGUCUCCAUUGAAAGUUUUUUCUCUUUCAUGUUGGUUGGCUGUUGAUGAUGAAUCUCGCGUAAAUUCUUGGAUCGAUGCUGCGAUAAGACGCAAAGUUCAGGAGCUUCGCUUGAGCCUCAUUGCAGAAACACAUCCUCCUCUUAAGUAUACGUUGCCCUGUUCUAUAUUCAGGUGUGAAACCCUGGUAGAGUUCCAUCUUGAAUCCCUUCUUGAUUUCAGAGUUCCUUCUUUUGUUUGUCUUCCAAAUCUGAAGGUCUUAACUCUACAUUAUGUUCGAUUUGGGGGUGAUAAUUCGUUAGAGAAGCUGCUUUCAUGCCCUUCCCUUGAGGAGCUGUCUCUUAAAGGUUGCUGGUGCCAUCAAAUCGAGGUUUUGAACAUUCGUGCUCCCAAUCUUUUGAAAUUGUUAAUAGAUAAGUUGUUUGCGGGUUCCGAUAGACACUGCCAAGUACGGAUCCAUGGAGCCAAAAUCAAAUCCUUACACUAUUCUGGUACAUAUGGUCAUGACCAUACCAUAUCAUGUCCAUCGUCGCCAGUUGAAGCUAUCAUUGCAGUGUUUAAUCCAGUUGCAAAAAAACCUGAGCAAUGUGCCGACCAUGUGUUUAAGCUCUUAAAGGAUCUUUCUAAUGUAGAACAUCUUACUUUAUUUUAUGGAGGCCUUCAGGUUAUGGAUGAGAGACAAGACCUCCUCGACUCUUUUCCAGUCUUCCGUAGCCUUACGCAAUUGAAGUGGGCCAUCUCUCCGAUGUACUUAGAUUUUAGAGCGCUUCAGAUCAUGCUCAAGCAAUGUCCUUGUCUGAGGAGUCUCGUGUUUGCCGGGGGCUUGAUCAAGGACUCUGAAAUGGAUGGCUGGACAUGGGACCCAGUGCCUCGUUGUUUCCUGUCAUCACUUAAAGAGAUCGGGAUUUGCAAUUUCACCGCAAUUGACACCGCCCUCUUAGCUGUGAGAGUUUUACUUAGGACUGCUGAAGUUUUGGAGAAAUUGUUUAUCCAUUGUUCUCGGGGUUAUAGGAAUAACUUUCGAGGGAAGUUAAUGAAACGUCCGAUGAAGCUUCCUCGGGCUUCGGAUCAAUGCGCUAUUUCGCUAGAUUUUAGGGAGGAGUGUAGUGCAUGCUCUAGCAUGGAUUUUGAUUUUUUUGGAUAAUUUAGCUGGCUUUGUUGAAAUUAGACAAUCUUGCAAAAGGAGGACA